AUGGAAAAUAAUGACAUUUGGGUGCGUGAUGCAUUAGUGAACUAUAAUGAAUAUGCAAAAUCUUCAGUGAUUAAACAAAUUUUGAAGGAGAAAGAUUUUGGAAAACAAAAUGCUGAUUUAAUAAUUGAUGUAUUAUGUGAUUCACUCACGAAACAACCUGAGAAUGCGAAAAUUAUUAAAACUUAUUUUCCAUCAUUUCUCAUGCCAAUUGCAAGUAAAAUGUUUGAAAUCGAAGACAAUUUCAAAAAUUACCAAAGAAAAUGUAUUGCAUUGUCAUUGCUAUGCGAAAGGAACCAUCAGGUUCUCAAGUUUACGAUUCAACAUUUCACAACAACAAAACUUGCACCGUUUCAUCAAAAACCUUCCAUUGAUGAGAUUCCCAGAAAAAAGUCAAGAAAAUCUGAUAUUGUAUCAGAACUCGAAAUUGUAGAAUGCUGCUUAAGAUUUUUAAAACUGGACGUUUCUUUCUUCCGUCAAAUUUGGAAUUGGAGCGAAUUUAUUGAAAUUUAUUUUGAUCGUGGCUGUGAUCUUCAAAAAUUUUAUUCAAAUGAAAUUAUUUCAUUAUUAUUUGGAAUGAAUACUUCGCAAUUGGAAAAGUUAAAUAAGAAUAUUCCUUUAAAAGUUGCAGUUGAAGCGAGAGCUAAGAAACUCUUUAAAGAGAAUGAUGAAACGUUCAGUGUUGUGCCAGGAAAUGCAAAUCUUGAAUGGAAUUUCAAAAAUUUCCUUGCUCGCAAAACUGGAAGAAUUGCUCCAAAACCUGAUGAAUUUGUAAACUUUAUGACAUCAAAAGCGUUGGAAAGUGCAGCAGGAGUUUAUGGAAUCAAAAGAAAGUUAAGAAGCAACGAUUUGAAGGACAAUCAAAAGACGGAUAAGAAAAUUACUCCCAAAAAUGGAUUUUUACGAAUCCAGCUUGGCGAUCAGACUGACAGUAAAGUUCUACUUGGUCAAUAUUGUUGCACAGAUGUUCCUGGUGAAUUCCUUUGGCAACCUGGUGUUCUAACUCAAGCAGUCAUCAACGGUUAUUGGCUUCUUCUCGAAGAUAUUGACGCAGCAACGCAAGACGUUUGUACAGUGCUUACAAAUCUCUUAGAAAAUAACUUUCUAAACGUUCCCGGAUUUCGUGAAAAUGUUAAAAUCACUCCUGGCUUUCAAAUCUUUGUAACUCUCAGAACUCACAAAACGUCCUCAACAACAGCAACAUUGUCAGGAAACUCGCCACAUUCACUUCUUGAUAAAUAUCUUUACACAAUCAACAUUUUAUCAUUAUCACGUGCUGAAUUAUGUGAAAUAAUUUGUCAUAAUUAUCCGAAACUUAAAACGAUAGCGAAACGAAUUGUUGAUGUCUUUCUUACAUUUUCAAGUGGUUGUCACAACUUUGAGACUGAAAAUAUUGAAAUGGAUGUGAUGGAAACGAGCAAGAAAGUGAACGACGAUGAUAAUGAAGAGAUUUUGCCUUACGGACAGAACAUUUCACUCGUCGGUUUGACAAAUUCAGGUCGAAUGGUGUCAACAAGAGAUCUCAUGAAACUCUGCAACCGGUCAAAUCCAAAUUUUCAAGUCACAAGUUCCGAAUGUGCUUAUUUCGUAUUUCAAAAUUGCGUCGAUUUAUUCUGUUCACAUUUACCAGCUGGUGAUGUCAAAACAAAUUUAAUUGUGAACAUUGGUGCACGUUUAGGAAUCAUUGAAUCGCGUUGUGUUCAUCUUGCGAAUGAUUUGAAGCCAUCAGUGACGAUGACAUCAGAUGAGAUAACAAUUGGAAGAACAACUUUAAGUAGAAACAGUAAAGAAAUUUAUUUAAUGGAAAAGAAAGCAAAAUUUGAUGAUUUCGAGAGUGAAAGUCAAAAGAAGUCUUCACCACCAACAUUUUCAUUCACAAGAAUCUCUUCGUGUGUGUUGGAACGCAUUGCAGUGUCGGUGAGUCAAAAUGAGCCCGUUUUACUUGUUGGUGAGACUGGAGUUGGAAAAACAAGUUCAAUUCAAUAUCUCGCUUAUCAAACAAACCAUAAACUUAUUGUCGUUAACAUGAACAAUCAAUCAGAUGUUUCUGAUCUUAUUGGUGGCUUCAAACCAGUCGACAUCAGUUACGUUAUUGGACCAUUAAGACUUGAAUUCGAAAAACUUUUCUCAUUGACUUUCGAUGUUGAGAAGAACGAAAAAUUUCUCAACAAUGUCAGCGUUUGUUUCAAUCGUGGAAAUUUUGGAAUUCUUGUAAAGUUGAUGUUGAAAAUCAUUGCGACAGCUUAUAAAAGAAUCGAUGAUGAAAAUGUGAUUGAAAGAUGGCAAAGUCUUGAAACAAAAUUGAAGAAACUUGAUCAUCAAUUGAAGAACUCGAUAAAUCUUUCAUUUGCUUUCAUUGCUGGUUCACUUGUGAAUUGUAUUAUGAACGGUGAUUGGGUUUUACUUGAUGAAAUCAAUUUAGCGUCAACAGAGACGCUCGAAUGUUUGUCGACAAUCCUUGAACCGGAAGGAUCCGUCGUGCUUCUUGAACGUGGAGAUUUUGUGCCAAUUAAACGACAUCCCGACUUCAGAAUCUUUUCUUGUAUGAAUCCAAGCACAGAUGUUGGAAAGAAAGAUCUUCAAGUUGGCAUCAGAAAUCGAUUCACGGAAUUCUUUGUUGAUGAGCUGACUUCGGAGAAUGAUUUACUGAUUCUCGUUGGUGAUUAUUUGAACAACACGGGAAUACAAAAGUCGAGAAUUCACAGUAUUGUGAGACUUUACAUGAAGCUGAGAAACAUGUCGCAACUUGAACUUAACGAUGGUCUUGGAAACAAACCAGUUUUCUCUUUAAGAACUCUUUGUCGUGCACUUCGAACUUGUGCAAAGAAUCUUUGCGGUUCAAUUGAGAGAAAUAUUUACGAAAGUUUCUGUUUAAGUUUUCUUACACAACUCGAUUCUGAUUCUCAUGACAAAGUGCUGAAGUUGACACAGAAAUUUCUCGUCAGUGACUCGAAGAAAAUUCUCUCGCAACAAAUUCCCAAGCCUGAUGACAAUCACUUAAAUUUUGAAGGAUAUUGGAUACAAAAAGGCGACAAAGAUGUGCAAGAAUGCAACGAAUACAUUUUAACUGAAAGUGUUAAAAAGAAUUUGAAGAGUUUAUCGCGAAUUAUUUCGAUUGGAAAGCUUCCGAUUCUUCUUCAAGGUCCGACGUCGGCUGGCAAGACGAGUUUGAUUGAAUUUAUCGGCAAGAAGAGUGGAAAUGUUUGUCUUCGUAUCAAUAAUCACGAGCACACUGACUUGCAAGAAUACAUUGGAACGUAUAUGGCUGACGUUAGUGGAAAGCUCGUGUUUCAAGAAGGCGUUUUAGUGAAAGCGAUGCGAAGUGGCUUUUGGAUUAUUCUUGAUGAGUUAAAUCUCGCUCCGAGUGACAUUCUUGAAGCUCUCAAUCGUGUUCUUGACGAUAAUCGGGAGUUGUACAUUCCAGAAACGCAAACUCUCAUCAAAGCACAUCCAAAUUUUAUGCUUUUUGCAACACAAAAUCCGCCGGGAAUUUAUGGCGGUCGAAAGACUUUGUCGCGUGCAUUUCGAAAUCGUUUCAUUGAAUUGCAUUUCAAUGACAUUCCGAAGCCAGAACUUGAAGUGAUUCUUGAGAAGCGUUGCUUAAUACCGAAAUCUUACGCUCAAAAAAUGGUCAAAACAAUGUCAGCACUUCAAGUUAAUCGACGAUCAACAUCGACAAAGAAUAAUUUCACACUUCGCGAUUUAUUUCGAUGGGGGAAUCGCUACACGUUUGCUGACAAACAUUUACUUGAUGACAAGAACUACGAUUGGAAUCAACAUUUAAUUGAUGAAGGAUUUCUUGUGUUGUCAGCCAAGAUGAGAAAUCAAUUUGAAACGGAAAUCAUUGCUGAUGCUUUAUAUCAAAACUUCAGAAAGAGAAUUUCGAUUGAAAAUCUUUUCACACUCAACAAUGAAACAUCAAAAGUGACGAAAGCAAUUCUUGAAGCAGUCACGCAUUAUAAAGGUGAAAUUAAUGUUGUUUGGACAUUUGAAAUGCGACGAAUGGCGGUUCUUGUGUCGAAGUCAAUUGAAUUUAAUGAGCCAAUUCUUCUUGUCGGUCCAACUGGUUGUGGCAAAACGACAAUUUGUCAAAUUCUCGCUGAGAUUAGUGGAAAAACUUUAAGAAUUCUCAAUUGUCAUAUGCACACUGAAGGCGCUGAUUUUCUUGGUGGUUUACGACCACAUCGAGAUAGCGAAAGCAACAACGAACAGAAGCAACUUUUCGAAUGGUCAGAUGGACCUCUGAUCAACUCAAUGAUUGAAGGAAAUUUCUUCCUUGCUGAUGAAAUUUCACUUGCUGAAGAUUCAGUGUUGGAACGGCUGAAUUGUGUGUUGGAAUCUGAGCGAACAAUUCUUCUUGCUGAGAAAGGCGGAAUUGACGAUUUCAAAGUGAAUGAAGAUUCAAAGUUUGUUGUGAAAGCGAGUGAAGGUUUUCAAUUCUUAGCGACGAUGAAUCCAGGCGGUGACUAUGGAAAGAAAGAAUUAUCGCCGGCUUUAAGGAAUCGUUUCACUGAAAUUUGGUGCACAGCAAUAAACAGCGAUGAAGAUCUCGUUAAAAUUGCUGUCAAUUCCUUGUCAUCAACAGAACAUCAUCAAGAUGAAGAGAAAGUUGAGAAGAUCGCUCAAAUCAUCAUCAAAACGGUGCAAGUUUUAAAAAGAAAUGUCGAGAAAUUGAACUUUUCCAUUCGUGAUGUUCUUGCUUGGGUGAAUUACAUCACAAAAAAUGUUGUCAUCGAUCGAACAUUGUCACUUGACGAAGCUUUCUUGUUUGGACUUGAAACGAUCUUCCUUGACGCUCUUGAAAUGUUGCCAUACGAAAACAGCGAUGAAAUCGAACUUGUUAAGAUAAAAAUAAUUAAAGAAAUGAAAAAGUUUAUCAAAUUAAUUAUUGGUGAAGAUUUUAGUGAAAUUUUCAAUGUAAAAGACUUGAAAGUUGAAAGUGAUGAGGAGAAGUUUGGAAUUCAUCCAUUUUAUCUUAACAUCAACACAAAAUCAAACGAAAUCAUCAAACAGAACGACUUUUCAUUCUCGGCACCAACUACAAAGAAAAAUCUUUUCCGUGUUUUGUCAGCUUUGAGUUUGAAUAAAGCAAUUUUACUUGAAGGUCCGCCGGGAGUUGGCAAAAGUUCUUUAGUUGAGAACAUUGCAAAUGCAAUUAGCUUCAAUAUUGUGAGAAUCAAUCUUUGUGAACACACAGACAUUGCGGAUUUAUUUGGAACGGAUUUACCAGCUGAAAGUAAGGAAGACGAAGAAACGCUUUUGGGAUCGUUUGAAUGGCGCGACGGUCCACUUCUGGCUGCAUUAAAAGCUACAAACACUUGGAUUCUUCUCGAUGAAUUAAAUCUCGCACCUCAAAGUGUUCUCGAAGGUUUGAACGCAAUUCUUGAUCAUCGCGGUGAAGUUUUCAUUCCUGAACUCAACAAAACAUUCAAACUUGGUCAACAAACGAGAAUCUUCGCCACACAAAAUCCCUUACGACAAGGUGGUGGACGAAAAGGUUUGCCACAAUCAUUCUUAAAUCGUUUCACGAAAGUUUAUCUUAGAAAGCUUGAGAAAGUUGAUUUGCUUCACGUGAUUCGCUUUAAUUAUGGAAAUAUUGAAAAUGUUGAAGUCUUGAAAAGUUUCCAACUUCUUGAGAAAAUGGUGACGUUCUCUGAAUGCUUGGAGAAUUCCUUGACGUCAUUGCAAUUUGGUUACAAAGGUGGACCAUUUGAAGCGAACUUACGUGACAUUCUUCGUUGGUGUAAAUUGACAAUAAAUCUUAACACGGGAUUUGACAUUCGUCGACUUCAAGAUGAGAGUGGCGAAGAUUUGUUUGGAAACUUUCUUCUUGUGCUGUUUGAGAAGAUGAAACUUGUUUAUUGUCAUCGAAUGAGAACUGAGAAUGAUGUCCAUGAAGUGAUGAAGAUUUUUGGAAAUGUUUUUGAAUGUGAUGAUGUGGAAAUGCUCAAGAAAGAAUCGGAAGCGAUUUCGCUUUAUUGGAAUGACUCGGAAGUCUUCUUAAGCGACAUUCAAUGUUUAAAAAGCGAAGUCAACAACACAACAAAUGUCAAAAGUUCAAUAAUCUUGUCGAGUCAACUGGAAAUGCUUCGAAGUGUCACAGAAUGUUCAUUGACAGAGAAACCAGUAAUUCUUUGUGGUCCAAGUGAUUGUGGAAAGACGAAAAUAAUCGACACGUUCUGUUCAAUCUUUAAUCAUCAACUACAACUUGACACCAUUGAUGACUCAGUCACGGGAAGCUUCCAACAAUUUGACUUCAAUCGAAUGUUGGAAAAUUUAUGGCAGAAAGUUGAAAAGAUUUUGUUUAAGCAACUUUCAGAACUUUCCAUUCUUGGUGAUAAAUCUUUCAUGAGUGAACUGUUCAAGUUAUGGCAAGCAUUCGAUUGCGAGGUCAUCGACAAAGAAUCAUCAGCAACUUCUGAACUUGAGUCAUUUAAGAGACGCGUUAAAGCUGUUGAGAUGAUAAUUGAAGUUUUAUUAAAGUUGAAAGUUUCCAAAGUCGAAGUGCGUGAAAUGCGAAGUGAAGUUCAAUCGUGGAUGAGAAUUUUAGAGAAAUCGUCAAACAUUCUCAACACUGGCGGUCGCUUUGAAUGGAUUGAUUCAGUCAUAGUUAAGUCAAUUAAAUUUGGUCAUUACAUUUGUCUCGAACAUGUCAACCUCGCAUCGUCAGCAAUUCUUGAUCGACUGAAUCCAGCACUUGAACCAAAUGGGUCUUUAUUAAUAUCUGAGAAAGGCGUGGGCGAGAAUAAUGAACCGGAAAACAUCAAAAAACAUCCAAACUUCCGAAUAUUUCUCACGAUGGAUCCAAAGCAUGGCGAAAUCUCACGAGCCAUGAGAAAUCGUUGCAUCGAACUUUCAAUUACACGACAAACUUACUCCGAAGAUGAUUUGCGUCAAAUUGUUUAUGUUGAAGGUGUCAGAGAAAUUUAUUUGAUGAACGCCAUCAUGAAAAUUCAUCGGGCUGCAAGUUCAAUUUCCGAAUUCUCAACAUUUGGAGUGUCGCAUUUAACGAAAAUGUCAUUUCUUGUUGCACAAAACAAAGCUUUGGGUGUCGAUGACAAGAAAUGCUUAUUGAUGAGUGCACUUGAAGUUUAUGUGAGAUCAUCGAAUGUUGACUUGUUGGGAUUUGGAUUGAGUUACUUCCGAAACAAAAUUAAGGAAAUUGUUGUUGAAGAAAUUCAGAAAGUUGAGAAACAAAAAAAAUUCAUCGACUUUGAUAAUUUGGUUUUACAUGCUGAUGAGUUAACGACGAUGAAGUUGGUGAAGUUACAAGCUGAGCCAUUGAUGACAAUCUUGCGAUGUUUAAAAGACAAUGUUGAAGACUUUCAUGGAAUUUUAUGUGAUUUAAGUGAAGAAUUCUCUCAAGUUGCUGAAGUGAAAGGAAAAGAAGUUGAAAAAUAUCUUUUGACAUUCUUCUACAUGAUAAGUUCAUUUUCUGACGUCGAACUUCGUCGAAUUUAUCUCGAAACGAUGAUUGAAGAUGAAAAGUUAAUUAAAUUAAAUGAAGAGUUGGCGAAAGUUGUCAAAAACUUUACAACUUCUGAUUUUAAUCUUCCAUGGAACUCGCAAAUGUUUCCACGACUUCGACCAUAUCAAAACAUGAAAUUAAAGUCGAGUGAUGAGUUUCGAAUCACGCUAACACUUUUGCUUGAAAUGACUUUGAACGAAAUUUCAGUGAAACAAUCAGUCAAGAAGAGCCAAAUUGAUGUCGUCACAUAUUCGAAAGGAGUUCAAACGAAACUCAUCAGCGACGUCAUUGACAACAGUUUGGUCAGCAAUCUUUAUGAGUUUUUGAAUUCCUUCAAAUCUUUCACAUUAAACUUCUUAAGAAAUUCAGAAAAUACUGACGAGAAAAGCUUUGUGAGUGUUUUGACUUCAUUUUUAUGGUUCAAUCGAAUGUUAGCAGUUUCGAUGGGAAAUCUUUACAUCAACAACAGCAUCGAUGACGAUUUAAUUGAUCAACUGAAUCUUCACUUCAAAUGGAUCACAAAGCAUUGCGUGAAUUUCAUGCUGUCGUCGUCUUCACAAUCAAAAGAUGAUAAAUUUGUGAGAAUCUUUAACAACAUCAGCAACUUUAUUCUUACUCAUUGUCAACAUCCUUUGGAGCUUCACAAGAAACUUUACGUGAAAGAAUUUACAAAUUUUCUUCCAUUUUACGAUGAAAGUCAAGUCAAUGAAUUCAUGCAAUUGAACAUGUUGAAUGAUUUAGUUCGAAUUGUCCCAAAAAUGGAUCGUUUAUAUGACUUUGAUGAAUAUCAAAGACGAUUACAUCGCAUGAUGAGUUCGACUUAUCGAAAUUUAAGGAAAGUUCUUUUGAAUUUAGCUGCCAAUCGAAUUGACGUUUUUGACAGAUUUAAAAGUUUUUGUUUGGAGAUUGAAGUUAAUGAAGAGAAGAAGAAUUUUGAGAUAAAUCAAGAAAUUCAAGAACUUUCACAACAAACCACCGUCGAUGAGUUUUCCGAUAACAAAUUUGAGAUUGAACUUCUUCCAGUUUCCGAAUAUUUCGCUUUGAAAGUUCUCACAACUUCUAUCAUAAAUUCUUGCAAUGUCAACACCGAAUACAUUGCAGAAAUUCCAUCAAUCAACUCCAACACUUUAACAACUUUCGUCAUAUUAAACGACAAAAGAUUGGAAACUUUAAAGAGAUUCGCAUGGAAGAAUAAUUCGAAAGAUUUCACGAGAAACUUCGCCGCACUUUCAUCGCUUGUUGAUGGUAAAGUUCAAAACGCAAUUCAACAAUCUUUUGCUAUCAACAACAUAUUUUGUCGGUCUUAUAAUGACGAAGACAAUUACCAGCUGAAUGUUGAUCAACAAAUGUUCAUUAAUGGACCUUUAUUGACGUCAAAUGUUAUCGCAAUGUUGUUGGGACCAAAUGGUGAGAUUCGCGGCACGGGUCUUGGUGAAAUUCAUCAAUGGAAGAAUAUGUUGAAACAUCUCAAAAGAAUUCUUUGGACAAAUGCUGAAAUCAACCAUCCUCGAUAUAAUUUGUUCGAAAAUCAUUUGACAAGAUGCUCAAGUCAUGCUGAAAAGUUGUUGGAAAACAUCAAAGCUGUGAAAGUUCAAAGUGAUGAGAAUGAAAUGUCGUCAGAUUUCAAGAACGACUUUUGUUUGUUGACAGAGAAGCUUGAAGGGAAAUUGAAGGAAAAAGAAAGAAGUUGGAAUCAAAGUUUCCUGAUAACUUCACUUUGCAGUGUCGUUGAACUCAACAUUGUCUCGCAUUUCCCUCUCAUGGAUCCAGUGAGAAAGAAUCAAUUAAAGUCAAAAUAUCUCAAUGAAGAUGUUGAUCAUCUUGAGCGAAUUCUUUUAUCUUACAAGUUCAUGUCAAUCGUCAUGAAUUACAAGAAUCUUGGACAAGAAAAUUGCAAAUUGUUGGAGUUGGAGAUAGAAAAUAUUCAAAAGAAAUUAAAGAAACAAUCAAAGCGAGUUGCAAUCAGACCGAAUGUUUGUGUCUACAGUUCGUUAGUGAAAGAUGUGAAUCAUUUCUUAUCAUCAUGCUGCCAUCCUAAAACGAUGAUUGAACUCAUAAAUGAAAUCGAAGAAGUUUUAAAAUUCGAAAUUAAUUACGUCGAUCCAAUUAAGAAUCUUGAAACGAAGAAAGUUAAGGCACAAAUGGAAGAACUUGUCAACAAACUCAAUUCAUGGAUCAUCAGCGCUAACAAGUUUGAACAUCAUACAAUGCAACCUUACAUCGCCUUUUAUCGUGAUUUCGUUGAACCAAUUGAAUGUUGCAUCGCGUCAUUAAAAACCGGCUUUAUGGGCUUGCGAUCAGCUUUACAAAUGAAGAAAAGUUCGAUUUAUCAGAAGAAGGAAAGCGGAAUCUUUUCUAAUGUCAACGAUAAUAAUGAAUUGUCAAAGUUCAUGAAGAAUUUGAUUGAGUCCCCAUCAAAACCAGCCAAUGACAUCUUAACAAGCACAAACAUUGCAAUUCUCAAUCAAAUCAACGACAGUGAAACUUUUUACUUCAAACUCGUCAAGACAAAAAUUCUUGAGAUUUGUAAUCGAUCAAAUUUGAGUGGAAAGUUUACAAUUGAAGAGUUCAACAAUUAUGACGCGAUUCUUAACAUUUGCAAUGAAAUGUGGGAGAAACAAGAAGAACUGAAAAGAAAGCGACAAGCUGAUGAAGACAGUCUUUAUGUGACAAAGACAAAGUGCAAGGAGGACGACGACGAAACUGUUAAGAUAAGAGAAAUUGCUGAAAUAUUCCCGAAUUACGCUGAAGAAGACUUCAACGAGUUUCUGCAAAAUGAAACUCUCGAACAGAUUACAAAAACUGGAAUGGAAAAAAAGAAAUUCACUGACAUUCUUGGAAUUGACGAUUUUAAAAUUAUUGGCGAUCAAUUCAUAAAUUUAAUGAACUUAAAUUCAACGGUUGACCCUUCUCAAGAUUAUUUUAAAAUCUUUGAAAGCAAACUUAAAAUAUUUCAUUCAAUUUUCGAUGAAUUCAAAGUUUGUCUCGACAAUUCUCUCGACGAUGCAGCUUACACAAGUUUAUCAUUGUUGGUAGGAUUGUGUCAAGAUAGUUACGACGAUCUUCAAUUAAAAGACGUGAAACAUCAAAAUUACAAUUUCUACAAAGAUUCCAACAUCACUGAAGCGAUUACAUGCGUUGAUGUUUUGAAGCGAUUAGAAGAGAAAGUCGUCGUGGAGCUUGAACAAUGGCCUGACCAUGCUGUGUUAAAUGAUUUGAUAAGAAUCAUCAAUCGUAUUCGAAACUUUCCCAGCAACUCGCCAUUAGCACGAUUCAACACUGGACUUCAAAUUUUAAGACAAAAAGUCGAUGAAUGGAACAGCGUCGCACAUAAAUUGAACAAUUUUAAAGAUCUUGAAUUUGAAAUUGCAGAAUUAAUUCAAAAAUGGAUGCGAAUGGAGUUGCAAUGCUGGCGUGAGUCGCUUAAUCAAUCACUUGACAUAGUGCGAAGUAAAGCUUAUCGUUAUUGGUUCUUCCUUUACAAUUUAAUUCACGAGUUCCUUGCUGAUGGAAGUGAAGAAGGAAGUGAACAAGAGUCAUCGUUAGUUGACUUCGUUGAUGUUGAGAAAAGAUUUUCAAGUGACGAAGUUGUUGAAGAGAAGCCAAAAGUUGGGAAGAUCAGUUUGGAAAGUGUGACGAAAGUUUUAAGACAAUUCAUCGAGUCAUCAAACUACGCAGAAUAUGAAGUGAGAAUGAAAAUGUUAAAAUCUUUCACAAAUUAUCUGAUGAAGACAAAGACGAGUGGAAAGAAGUCGAAACUUAUUCGCAUCAUGCACAAUUUGCAUCUUUACUUCACUCAAUUUGAGAAUCAAGUUCAGCAACAAAUUGAAGUGACGAGAAAGCCUGUCGAGAAGAAGUUGAGGGAAUUUGUGAAGAUUGAAUCGUUUAACAAAGAUCUUUCCUACUUCAGCAUGCGAUCAAACAUUCAACGAGUUCAUCGACAUUUGCAUAAAAUUUUGAAAGAAUUUGAAUUGGAAGUUAUGAAGAGAAUCGGCGAUUUGUUGAUUUAUAAGAAUUCUGGUGAUGAAUUUCAAUCUUUCAAAGCUUCAACGAGUGAUUUGUAUUCUGAUUUGAAAGUUGAAACUUUCCUAACAUCACCAAAGUCAGUGACAAUCACUCCCGAUGAGUCAUCGAAGGAAAUUCUUCAAAGAAUUGAAAAAUAUUUCACGACAAGUCGAAAGAUUGUUCAAAGUUCGAUUGAAAAUUCCCCUUAUUCGUCAUUAAUCGAGAAACUUCACGAUACGAUGGAGAAGAAGCUUGAAACGUGUUUACAUCUGCGAAGUCUUGAAGUUGAUCGAAAUCAAGUACGAAACAAACAAAAGUCACAAGCCAAACACAUUCUCAAUCAAAAACGAAAAGCUUUGAGUGAUUUCUUCAAAACAUUGACAUCAAUGGGUGUAAGUUUCAAGACGGGAUUGCUUACAAAUUCACUAAAUUCGGAAUUGUUUGAUCUUCAAAUCCCUUCAUUUGUUAUUGAUUCAAUUUCCUUUGAUGGCGACACACAAAUGGAGUUUAGAGUAAAGAAAAUCUCACAAAAACUUGACAAUUACUUCAAUAAAUCAACACUUAAGAUGCGUCAAUUAACAAAUGCGUUGUUAAUGCCACGACCUGACAUGGAUCAUGCUUUUUUCGAACGAAUGAAAGGAUUCUCAAUUGACUUCUUCACUCUCGUUCAAGAUCAAAGAAAAUUGUUGAGCUUCAAUGUCAAUGAGAUUGUCAUGUUGGAUCAAAGGAUUAAAGACAUUGAAGCCAUCAAAUCAAUUGACAAGGAACAAAUCAACUUUGAAAAAGCUUCUCAAAAGCUUUCAAUGUUACAAGAAUCGUUUCUGAAUACUGUUGAGGUACUCGAACAAUUUAAACUGCUUUUGAAAUGUUCACCGGAAGAUUCUGGAGAAGCUCAUUUGAGGAUUCUCAACAGCGAAAUCAACACAUUUACUAAGAACAGUGAUUUGUAUCAAAAAAUCUUAACAUUAAAUGAAGAAAUCUUAAGUGAAGCUAAAUCAUCUUUAAAGAUUUCGAUGACUAUCGAUUCUCGUUUCAACAACAAUAUCAACUUUAAUCUCUCAAGAUCAUUUUUUACGGUUCUUGCGAAGCUUAAAAUAUUGAGAGAACUUUUUGUUAUUGACGUUGGAUAUUCGAUUUACAGCGAGCCGAUUUGUGAGUUGCAUUACGUUAUAAAUUCGAAACUUCGGUUGGUUUAUGACAACUGUAUUGAUGAAAGUCGAGUAAUUGACGAUAUCGAUGAUCAAUUGGAUAAUCUUACGCACUCAAUUCUCAUUGCAAUUCAAAAUAUUUACAAAAAGUUUCAAGAAAAGAUUGAAGAUGAAGAAGACGAUGAAGUGAAAUUGAAAGAAAAAAUUCACAAACAGCUUCAACAAGAUUUUAUCACGUUAAAUCUUCAAAAGAUUAACUCAAAGUUGAAUGAAGUUUUGGAUUUAAUUUUCAUUUCUACAACUAAUCGACGAUGUCAUAAACAACUUGGAAAUAUUUUACCAUUAAUUAAACAAUACAAUUUACUUGUCAAGUUUUUCUUCUUCCAACAACUGUGUGGUCAUAAAUUGUCAGUGAAAAUGUUGAGCAUCAUGUUGAGCGUGUUUUUGGAACUUGCAACAAAAGGUUUUUGUGUUCCACAAGAUUUGCUGUCGGAUGAAGAACAGAAAGAAGAAAACGACACGAAAACUGGCGAAGGUUUUGGCUUUGAAGAUGGACAAGGUCAAGGUUCAGGUGAGAAAGAUGAACAGCACAAUGAUUUAGACACAGAGAAGAAUGAAGCUGAUGAAGGUCAAGACAAUGAAGAUGGCCUCGAUGCUGCUGAAUCCAAUGAUGACAACAAUAAAAAGAAACAACAGCAACAGAAGAAAGACAUUGAAGAGAUGAAUGAAGAUGGCGAAGAUGAAGACCAAACGAAUCCUUUUCAUAAUGAAUUGGAAGAACCACCGCAACCUGAAGACAUGAAUCUUGAUGAAGAUUUCAAUCUUGAUAAGGAAGAGAAUGAAAAGGAAGCGAAGGAGAAUCAAGAAGAAAAUCCUUUCGAUAUUGAUACGAUGAAAGAAAACAUGGAGACGAAUGAUGAUGAGAAAGCUGAAGAUGAUGAGACGAAUGAAGAUCAACAACCUGAAAAGAAGGAAGAAGAUGUUGGCAGUGAUGAAGAAGGUGAUGAAACUGAGAAACCAGACGAGAAUCAAGAAAAUUCUGAAGAUAUUCAAGAAGAAAAUCAAGCUGGCGAUCAAGAAACUCCACAAAUUCCUGACGAGAUUCCUGAUGAUGAGAAAACUGAAGAAAAAAAUCCACAAAACACUGCUGAAGACUUCAAAGAAUCGAAGAAUCAAAAAUCAAAAGAAGAAAAUAUUCAAGCAAUGCCAAAUCAACAGCAAAAAGGAUCACAUGACGAUGUUCAAGUUGACGAAAGCGAUGAAACCGCGAAACAAGAUGCAGAGAUUGAUGAACAAGACACUGGAGAAGAUCAAGAUGGAGUUGGACAAGCAGAAAAUGAAGAAUCGAAGAGUGGACAUCAAGGAAUCGCUGACACUAAAGAAACAAAAUCAAGACGAAAUCAAGACAAGAAUCAACAACAGCAACAGAAACGUAAGAAGGGAAAUACUGACGAAGAACGAACUCUUGGUCAAAUCGAUAAAAUGGAGAAGAAAAACUUGAAGACUGUUGACAAAUUGAACCGACAAGAGAAGGAAGAUGAUGGAGAAGUUGCUGAUCAAGAUGACACUGAAGAAUAUCAGCACGUUAAAGAUGCCAAAUCGACUGAUAAAACAACUUUAGAUAAUGCAACCGAAGAACAAUCGAAGAAGAUUCAACACGAUGAGAAAGAUUCAAGAAAUGACGAUGACGGCCAUGAAGAAAACGAUGAAUUAAUGACGAAUGAUGAGAAAGAAGACCCGGAAAUGAUUCAAGAAAAACUUGAAAGUAAAAAACUUGAUCAAAAAUCUGAUAAGAAGGCUUCGAAACCAAAUGAACAGAUGAACGAACGUCUUGAACAGUCGGAGGAAGUUGAAGUUGAUGGUGAAACUGUGAUGACGUUUAACGUGUCACGUGGCGAUGAAACAACUGCACAUUGUCAAAUGGAUAUUGUGAAUGAUGCGACACUUCCAGAAGAAGCAUCAACAUCGGAACAAUUUGAAAUGCGUAAAAUGGUCGAAGCUGAAGUGACAUCACAGAAGAUUGUAAAUCCUGAAGUUGUUGACAUGGAACGAUGGCAGGAAAUCUCCAAUCGAAUGAUGUCAAAUGCAAGAGAAUUAUGUGAACAAUUGCGAUUAAUUCUUGAGCCGACAAAAUGUACUCGUUUGAAAGGCGAUUACAGAACUGGUCGUCGAAUUAAUAUGAAGAAAAUUAUUCCAUACAUUGCAUCACAAUUCAGAAAAGAUAAAAUUUGGCUUCGACGAACGAAAGCAGCGCAACGCGAUUACAAAAUUACAAUCGCUGUUGAUGACUCAAAGUCAAUGGACCAUAACAAUUCAAAACAUUUAACACUUCAAGCUAUUUCUCUUGUCUCUCAAGCAUUGUCAUUGUUGGAAAGUGGAAAACUUUGUGUCAUGUCGUUUGGUGAAUCACCGAAAAUUCUUCUCAAAUACAACGACCAACUUAAUGGACCAAAAAUGUUGAAAUGUUUGAACUUUGAUCAAAAUCAAAGUAAGAUUGCGGAACUUCUUGAUUUCUCUAGAACUUUAAAUCAAGAAGCUUCAUCAUCUGACAAUAGUUUCUUUGAACAUUUGUUGAUUGUUCUUAGCGAUGGAAGAAAUAUUUUCAGUGAAGGAGAGCAGAAGGUCAGAAAUGCCGUGAAGAUGGCGAAACUUCAAAGAAUGUUCAUCGUUUAUAUCAUCAUCGAUAAUCCCGAGAAUAAGCAUUCAAUCUUAGACAUUCGAGUUCCGAAAUUCUCAUCUGAUAUGAAGACAAUUACGAUGCACUCAUAUUUGGACACAUUUCCUUUCCCUUAUUACGUUAUUGUUCGUGAUCUUAAUCAACUGCCUUUAGUGCUCAGUGAUGGUCUUCGACAAUGGUUUGAGUUGGUUAACAGUGAAUAGUAAAAUGAAUUAAUUGAUAAUUAAAACUUUAAUAAACAAAUUUAUGAAAAUUAAAGAAAAUUUUGUUGAGUUGGGGUUAGAUUUAAGGAAAAUCCAGAUUAAGUUUCCGGAUUAUCUUUCGAUUAUAUUUUCCUGUAAAUUAAAUUUAAUGUCAGUGAAAUACUUCAAAC